GUGAGGGCGGUGCGGAGCGAGCGGGCCCGGUGGGGUCUGCGCGGGGCGGGGGGACCAUGUCCACCCGGCGCCUCCGCAGCGAGGACUACAACGACUACAGCUCCACUGAUGUCACACCAGAGGGGAGCCCACCUGGUGGCAUGAAUGGCUUUGCACACCCUGAGUCCUACCAGCGCUUUGGGGAGACCAACGGGACAACGUGGUACCAGACCCUGAUCCACCUCCUGAAGGGCAACAUUGGCACGGGGCUGCUGGGGCUGCCUCUGGCUGUGAAGAAUGCUGGAAUCCUGCUGGGUCCUCUGAGCCUGCUGGUGAUGGGAGUUGUGGCUGUGCACUGCAUGGGCAUCCUGGUGAAAUGUGCCCAUCACUUCUGCCACAGGUUCCAGAAGCAGUUUUUGGACUACGGGGGUGUGAUGAUGUAUGGGCUGGAGUCGACUCCCAGCUCAUGGUUGAGGACAAAUGCCAUCUGGGGAAGGCGUGUGGUGGGACUUUUCCUGAUCAUCACCCAGCUGGGUUUCUGCUGUGUGUACUUUGUCUUUCUGGCUGACAAUCUGAAGCAGGUCAUAUCUGCAGCAAACGGGACCACCAAUGAUUGCAGCUCCAACAGGACAGUGACCAUGACCCCCACCAUGGACUCCAGGCUGUUCAUGCUUUCCAUCCUGCCUUUUGUGGUCCUGCUCUCCUUCAUCCAGAAUCUCAAGGUCCUCUCCAUCUUCUCCAUGCUGGCCAACGUGGCCAUGCUUGUCAGCCUUGUCGUCAUCUACCAGUACAUUGUCAGGGAAAUUCCUGAUCCCCGUCCCCUGCCUCUAGCAGCAGCCUGGAAGACCUACCCUCUGUUUUUUGGCACAGCAAUCUUUGCUUUCGAAGGCAUCGGGGUGGUACUGCCUCUGGAAAAUAAGAUGAAGAACCCACGGCAUUUCCCAGUCAUCCUCUACGUGGGGAUGACCAUUGUCUCCAUCUUGUACAUCAGCCUGGGGGUCCUGGGGUACCUGCGCUUUGGGGGAGACAUUCAGGCCAGCAUAACACUCAACCUCCCCAACUGCUGGCUCUACCAAGCUGUCAAGCUGCUCUUCUCCUUUGGGAUUUUUUUCACAUAUGCUGUGCAGUUCUACGUGCCUGCCGAGAUCAUCAUCCCCCCCCUCGUUGCCCGGGUGUCAGAGCGCUGGGGCUGGCUGGUCAACCUGCUCCUCAGGAUGGCACUGGUCAGCAUGACCUGCGUGCUGGCCGUCCUCAUCCCGCGCCUGGACCUUGUCAUCUCUCUGGUGGGCUCCGUCAGCAGCAGUGCCCUGGCUCUCAUCUUCCCCCCGUUACUGGAGAUUGCCACCUACUACACGGAAGGAAUGCACCCCCUCACCAUCACCAAAGACAUCGCCAUCAGCCUCUUUGGCUUCGUGGGGUUUGUGGUGGGGACGUACGAGGCGCUGGUGGAGCUGGCAGCGCCUGCCGCAACCAUCGUGAACAUCACUACUGUCAUGGUGCAGUGACUGUCCCCCUGCCCCAACAGCCACUGGGGAUGCCCUGCUGGGGGGCACAUGGGCACUGCUGGUCCCCUGGGGAUGGUUUCCCCUCUCCUUUUGGGAAAUGUGGUGGGUUUGGUCAUGAGAAGACAGGGCUGCUCGCUGGUGCAGCUGCCCACCAGCAGCAGGGUCCUGUGGUGGGCUCUGGCUGGGGAGGUGGGCUCUGGGCUAGGGCAGUGCCAUCCCUGGGGGCUUUUUGGGCAGGUGGUACAGCAAAACGGCCCCCUCAGCCCCUGUGUAGUCACUUCAAGAGGCAAGGAAUCCAGGGGAUGUAUAUUUUGCUUUUAUUUUUUUUUUAUUUGCAUCCUUUCCUUAUUUUCCCUGUCCCUUCAGUUGGGGCAGAGAACAGGGACUGCUCUUUUUUGUGCCAGUUUUUAUUUCCCCCCUCAGCACUUUAUUUUUAUGGCAACAGAGAAACCUCAGCUCAGGCUGGAGAGCAUGGAGCUGCCUCCUCAUUCCAGCUCUGCAGGGAGGUUGGGCAGAGCCCAAGGUGCAGAGCAUCCCAGGACCCCCAAGCUCUCCUGUGAUGGGAUCCCUGGACACAGGCAGUGGCUUCUGCUUUCCUCUGGCUCGGUGUCCAGCUGUGCCAGGGCUGAGCAAGGGUCUGGAACCAGGCACUGGGCUCAGCACUUCCCUAGGCUGGGGGAGUUUUGCUGAACCCUGGCCCACACUUCCAGCAGGGACACUUCUUUUUCUCCUCUAGCACACAUACCUAACAUGUGGCUUUCAGGACUGUUCAUGAAACAAGGAAUGCAUAGAACAAAAUGGGCCCUGCUAUGAUGAGGGUCCGAGCUUUUUUUGGACACCUUUGGCUGGGAUCCCUCUGCCUGUGCAGGAUGGGGUGUCCCUGUGGGUCACCAUUUGCUCUCCACAUGUCACAAAUACAUUGCUUUGUUUACAGUGCCCGAGCUGGCCCUGGCACGCUUCACCUGCACCUGCAGGCUCAUACUGAAUGUCAAAUUACACACAACCCCCCUGUAAAAUAUAUAUAUGUGUAUAUAUAUAUAUAUAUAUAAUUUUUUUUUUAACAUCUCUCCUGGUCUUCACCCCCUCUGCAUCCCCUGCCUCUGCCCCAGCUCCUGUCCCUUGUAGGGUGCAGCUCUCUGGUGUGUCUCCCCAUGGUCCUAUUGCUUCUGGCACUGGGGCUGGUGCAGGGCUGGCGGAAUGGUCCCUGCUACACUGCUGCUUCCCUUCCUCUCCGUGAGCUUAGAGACUUUCCUUACCUUUCUGCUGGAUUUGUUUUUAUUAUUUUUGAAGACAAAAGGGAUGUCUUCUUCCAAUGGUGCAAAAAGUUUUUGGCUGAGCCACCCCCUUUGCAGCCCCCUGCCUGGGUCACAUUCCUCCCUGCUAAUGCAGCAUCUUCCCCUGUGGCUUUAGAGAGCGUUAUCCCUGCAUCCCUCUGCAGCCCUGUCUCCCUGGGUGGGGAGAGGCUGCUGGCUGUGGUGGGACAGGAGUGGGAAUACAGUGGGCUGCAUUCCUAUCUUUGGUGGAGGCUGAGUGAGGCCUGGGAUUGUUUUUGGUGUUUGACUUGCUUCUGGGGGGAGAAGGCUUCUGGGGGUACAGUGUCCCUGCACCUUGGCUCUGCUGUGUGUGGUGUUUGUGUCUUGCACCAUGUCCCCUUUGCUAGCUCUGCUGUGGGUUCUCUGUGCUGGUCUGCAGACUCAUGUUUUGGUGCAGGGUAGGUCAGUGCCUCAUUGUUGCUCCUUUCCAGCCCCUCAGCUGCUUGCUGGGUCUCAGAGCUUGCCUCUUCUCCUCCAAGUCUGUGCUGGUGAAAGUUUUGGCAUGUUCUGGCAUGGCUUGGCUAUGGGCAGAGGAAAGCUUUAAGUCAAAUCCUCCAUCUGGAGGAUGCUGUGGGGAUAGAGAGCAAAUACCAAGCUCUAGGAAGGAAGGGGGCAUGAGGCAGGUGGGAAAAGUGCAAUAUUCAUGUCCAUUGCUGUGUACAGACCUGGUCUGGCCCUCAGGCAUUGGGUCUGAGUGCAGAAAUGUCACCCUUGGCAGAGGAGGGCAUGCUGUGAGGAGCAGGGGACAUCUGAUGCUUUCCUGUCAGUACUCUGUGAGAAGUUGGCUGUGUUUUGGGGGACAGGAGUGUGCUGGGCCAUGUCCACAGCCUGGCUCUGGACAUCCCUGUGUUUACUGGCAGGGCUCCUAGAAUCCAAACUUCAUUUGCAAUCAGUGGCUAAAUUCCUUAUUUCCAAAGACUGGGAUAUUCCAGCAGCAUUAAAGGGUUUUUGCAGUUCUUCCAUUUUAUCAAGGUGAGCAGGGGGUGUUUGGAGAUGGGGCCAGAUGUGCUGGUUGGGCAUGUGGCAUGAGGGGCUCUGCCAAGCCAGGAAGACCUGAUGCAGGUCCUGAAGGACAUGAAACUUGACACUUGUGUAGGUUAGGCUGCUCUGUAACCAAGGAAAUGUUCUGUGUAAAUACAGAAAUGAUUAAUGUACAUGUCUUGUGCCUAUGGAUGUUGUCAGCAUAUGGAGUGUGUAGCUGCUCAGUGGAAGAGCUGCACAUGAAUCAUGUAUCUUACUUCACUCAAUAAAUAUGACCUAUUUUUUAUGU